GACAAGCAACCAUAUCAGAAAAUUGGAGGAGAGUUCUUAUAUCAAUGCAAUGGGACGGUAAAAAACCACAGAACUAAAAACGUCACCGGACCAUUUAAUGGCAUUCCUUCUUUCUACAAAACAAAAACGAUCCGAAUGAUUAAAUGCUUUCGACAAAACACUUUGGAUCCAAUCUUGUUUGUUAAUGGUAUUCGAAUUUACUUAGAGUCUCAUUUUAAUCAAAAACCGAAUAACUAUCGAAAGUUUCUAAAGACAUCAUCGUCAUUCAACCAAAAUAUUUUACCAGACUCCCUUUAUACUGUUGUUUUGUACUAUGGUAGCAAAGGUUCUGGUGGUUUGUACACGGACAAUAUGAAUUAUUAUAGUUUCCAAAAGGGUUUGUCUCCCCGAUUAAAAUUUAUUCCUGCAAGAGUUAAAUAUUUCAACAUUCAAAGUAUGUACAAAAAUCAAGCUGGUGGACUUUCAAACAAAACAGUUGUAUCUUUGGAGCCGGGACAGACUGUGGUUCAUACAUUUCUCAUCUCUGAAAGCAACGUUGGUGUCGUUCUUCGUCGUGAAUAUCACUCAUUAAUACCAAAUAAAAAGGCAAACGUGGUAGUUGACGAAAAAGAAGCUGGGAUAUGGUUUUGUCCACAAAGAGCAAUAACUGAGUUAUACUCUUUACGUCUGAACGAUUACCUUCUUCCUCUUCAUCAAACAAUUGGCAAAAGAUCCAUUGAAGUGAAGAUAACAGCAAUUACAAAAUGGGAAACGGUCUCAAUUCAUGUGCUUUCUGUUCUAAUUGGAAGCAAAUAAUCCAAGUGAGCAUAAA